AUUACCGCAGAAGACAAACAACUCUUCAAUCAUUUGAUCCAAACAUUGAGUCAAUUCACGGACAAGACAUCACUCGAAGAGCAGAUCCCAAGAAGUGAUGAAAUUGUUGUCAAACCUGUUGUCGAGAAUACAACUGAAAUAAAGAGUCCAUCAGUUGUGCGAAGAAGUGAUGAAACGAUUACCACUUCUUUUGAAGAAAAAACAAAUGAAACAAUAGUUGAGACAAAUGUUAGAAGAAGUGGAAGAACUGAUCGCAAAGUCUACACAUGUGUACUGAAGACAACUAAAGAUCCAAAUCAUGUCCCGAAACCCAAACCGGAACCCAAAGUAAUACCAGAUCCCGAAUCGGAUCCCAAUUCACUCCUAUUAUUACGAAGAGAUAAUUACGACCCGAAGACACAGCAGUUUAUGUGUCCUAACCCUCACUGCCGUAAAGGAUACAGAAAUACUAUGCGAUUAUACAAACACUUCCAUAAUGUCCAUCACAUGAAGAAGAAAUUUAUUUGUCACGAAUUAAAUUGUGGUAAAAGUUUUAAGACAAAGAAAGAGCUUCAAAGCCAUGAAAACAAUAUUCACGAAAAUAGCGAUUACCGACCCUUUGAGUGCCCGGAAAAGGGCUGCGAUUUUAAGUGUAAAACUGAGUCAAUACUUAAUUCCCAUUCAGUCAUUCAUUCAGACAUCCAUUCAUUCAAAUGCAAUGAAUGCGAGAAAACAUUCAAAACUCAAUACAGACUUAACUUUCAUCUAAAACUUCACGGAAAUGAAGACAACUUUAAAUGUCGUUACGAGGGAUGCAAUCAGUUCUUUAGGAAUUCAUUCCAACUCCGGAGGCAUAAGAUAGUGGUCCACAACUCGACGCAAGUGGUAUACGCCUGCGAAUGGCCCGCAUGUGACUAUCGGUCCAAUUGGACGGAACUCGUAAAUAUGCACAGACGUAUCCAUACGGGUGAGCGGCCCUAUGAGUGCCGGUGGCCGGCGUGUGGCAAACGGUUUCGUAUACGAAAGGGUCGCAUAGAUCACGAGCGGAUCCACUCAAAUACGAAGAACUAUGUGUGUCAUUGGCCCGGAUGUGGCUAUCGAUGUGUUAUUGGCGCUAAUCUUAAGAAACAUAUGAAAGUACAUCAAAAAAGAAGUGGAAGAAGUACUUCACCCAAAAACUACAAAAUAAAGAGACCGACGAAACCAAGGGAUCCAAACCUCAAGAGGAAACCAAAAGAUCCCAAUCGUGUCCCAAAAGCCAAACCCGAGCCAAAGGUUUUUGUAAUACCUGAUCCCGAAUCGGAACCCAAUUCACUGUUAUUAUUACGAAGAAGUACUUUCGAUCCGAAGACCAAACUCUACUUAUGUCCCAAUCCUUACUGCGAUAAAGGCUUUAAAGUGAAUAGAAAUCUGUAUAAACACUUCCAUCGAUCGCAUCACCAGAAGAAGCGAUUCUGGUGUCCGUACAGUACGUGCGGUAAAGGGUUUACUACAAGACAGUCACUGAAGAUUCACGUAAACGGCUUUCACAGCGAUCUCAGGCCUUACGAGUGUCCGGAGAAGGACUGCGGCUAUAAGUCGAAGACUAAGUCCAGUCUCGAUAUCCAUACACUUCAUAGACAUUCACUUCACGGCAAUCAAUACAAAUGCGACGAAUGCCUGAAGACAUUCAAAUCGAUAUAUCGGCUCAACUUUCAUAGGAAAGUGCAUUCAGUGAAAGACCCGUUUCGGUGUCGCUAUGAAGGCUGUAAUCAGUGGUUCCGGAGUCCGUAUAAACUGUUGUCCCAUAAGAUCACUGACCAUAAGGCCACUCAUCUGAUGCAACGGUGCGAAUGGCCCGCCUGUGGCUAUGCGUGCAAAACGAAUCGCGCGCUUCACGAACACAAGCGGAUCCAUACGGGUGUCCGUCCAUACGAGUGCCAAUGGCCCGGAUGUGGACAACGCUUCCGAUUGAAGGCCAUAUACAAGCACCACGAGCUGACCCACACUAAUGAGAAGCCCAAUGUGUGCGUAUGGCCCGGAUGUGAGUUCCGCACCAUUCAGGCACACAAUCUUAAGAUCCACUAUCAGAUGCAUAAACGCAAACAAGAGUUGACUUGA